AUGGACGACUGCGCGACGACGACCCGGUCCGUCCUGACAUUGUUGGUGCUCCUCUUCCUGUCGGGUAAACUAUUUGAUUUUUUUCAUCAAUACAUCCGCAGCGCACCUACCGAUACCACGGUUUAUACAAUUGUUUGGCUCGCAGACGAAUCGGGCGGCGGCGGCGGAGUGGCCGGCCGGGAAACGGUAAUUUUCCGGAUCGCCCCCCCCCCGGUCCGCGGUUCACGGUUUUCGACCGACGACGAUUUGUCGGUUUUGUACAAUGUAUAAUUAUUGUUAUUAUUGUUAUCGCUGUUGUAACAUUAUCCCCCGUCGGUAUUGCCGAUCCGUUUAAAAGUCCGGCGGUCGACCGGUUUUUUUUUCCUACCAACUUAUCUCGAAAAAUGAAUCAUUUUGUAUUUAAAAAAAAAAAAAAAAUAAUAAUAAUUUUAUUUCCUACGUAAAUAGAGAGAGAGUGAGAGAGAGAUAAAUGAAUGAAACGAUUUUGAAAUUAUUAUUUUUUAUUUUGAAAUAUAAUAUUUUAACGACCGAAACAAAUUAUUAUUGAAAAUAUUGACCAUACAAUUUAUGUGCCCCAAACAAAUUCAAUAAAUCGAUUCGUUUGAUAUUUUAUUGGGGAGGAGGGGUGUAUGUCGGGCGGUCCGGAUAAAUUCCAAUCCGCCCCUGACUGAUUUCGGUUUCCACACCCAAAUCAUAUUGUACACUUCAUGUAAGUGUUAUUAGAGUGCGCUUUUAUAUGCGUAUAUAACAUUUCAUUUCUCACAGUACGUAUACGUGAUAUCUUUAAAAUAAUGUCGUCCACACGUGUUUGGAUUUAAAGUAUUACGUGUACUGGGAUGGGACGUAUACGAACUUUUUUUUUUUAUGAAAAUUGUUUAGGUGUAUUUUUUUUUUUUCGGAACUUGUUAGUGUUUUAAACGCGAAAUUCCCGUUCGCACGGUAAUGAUGAAAGACGUUUUAUACUCCGCCUAACUGAGUCUAUAAUGUAUUUAUUAUAAUAUUUGGGAACGAAAACACACGUUUAUAAAACAUAUAAGAACCUACCAUCAGUACCAUUUAUAUGUUAUAAUAUUAUACACCGUGGUUUCGAUUAUAGCGGCACAAAUAGAAUUCGUUUUCGGGAAUGGCGGAAAAGGGUAUGAAUUUCUAGUCAGUUAAUUAUUGAACAUGUGACGUAUGUACGGGACGUACACGUAUUUGACUUUUGUAGUAAUUUAUUACAAUACAAAAUUAUGCGACUAUAUGUCUGUACGCAGAAUUCGUAAACAAUUUUUCAAUUUUCAGGAGAGGGGAGAUCCGUAAUCUCUUACCCUCCAUGGUUGCGCCAUUGAACGAAUACAUUUUUAAUCGCUCCGAACGAACGACAAAUCAAUUUCACUUAUCGGGUCUAUAUAGGGUUGGUAUCCGCUAAAUGUUCUGAUUUGUGAAUAGGUAAACGAAUAAACUGGUAUAAAAAAUAUUGUAAAUUAACAAUAAGAAUAAUAAUAUAAAGUCCGAUAACGAUCAGUCCAUUUUUUUUUUUUUUUUUAAAUAUACGUUUAAUUGUCUAUUCAUAAGCGUUUUAGUUUCUGAGCGAAGCCAGGAAUUUAUUUGUUUAACAAUAAUGUUUAUUUUGUUUCUUUUAUCUGUGAAUAACUUUUCUUCCAGAAAUCUUGUUCCGAUUUUCAAGUGUAGCACUUUUUGUGAUAGUACUUUAAGGAAGUUAUUUUUUGAUUUUCUCAGGGGUUUUCGUAAUAAAUGGAAAAAAAACUGGGAAUAAAUGUAGGAAAAAUGAAAAAAAUUAUGAUAUGUGUUAUUUUCAAAUCGUACAUAUUUCGUCCUUCUAAACGCGUGUAACCAAACCCUGCUCAGAAUUGUUUUUUGUUAGCAAUGUUUAAUCUUUUUAUGUAUAGGUGAGGUAGGUAAAUUUCUUCUGUAACUCCCCGAAUUCUCACCUAUAACAGAUAACUGUGACCCAUCGUGCGAAAUAUGUCCGGCUUUUUUUUUUUAUUCGUCUUAGCACGUAUUAGGUACGUCAACUUCCGGGUUAUAAGAAAUUAAAUUUUUUUUUCGUAUCGUGGGCCCUGAACGUUUACGACUAACAGUCAACAGUUAUCUAUUAAUAGUUUGAUCAGUUUUUGAUUUUUAUAUUUAGGAGCCUAUUCGCACGGCUUGUCUUUUCGCUCAAAUUCUCGUGCAUAAUAAGUCCCAUAUAAUAAUUUGUUAUAGUAAUCAUUCGAUUUUGAUGAUUUCAUUUUUUUGGGUUGGAAAGAGGAAAACUUACGGACGUAUAUUAAAUUUGAGUUAUAAUAAUCAUACUUCUAAACCCAAUAAUUAACGUUAUAAUUUCGAUAAUAUUAAUUCAUACGCGUAAAAAAAAAAAAAAAAAAAAACAAAGAAAUAAAAUAGAACAUUUUCAAUUCCAACAAAUAGCUCGAAAAUCAUCAGAAUGUUUUGAAAAUUUGCCUAAAGGUCUAUAAAAAAAGUCUAUUAUAAGUAUUCUGCGAAAAUGUCCGGUCUCUAAACCGAAUUACAGGGGGAAAAAAAAAAAUCGAAAAUAAUGAAACCGCUUGUUGUAGCCGUAAAUGUUGAUGUUUUUCAUUAGUUUUUUCCGGAUUUACACAAUUAUUAAGAAAAUUACCUUUCCAAUGCACCGACCAAAAAGAUGCUCGGUUUGGAAAUCAGAGCAGUACUUCUGGUAGAAAAGUCACUGACACAAAAAUAUGAAGAAAAGAAAACACACGCACACUUCACAUGGUAGUAAAACCAAUAUACAUUCUUCGCUGCGCUCUAAACAUACAAAUUAUCGUCAUUGGAGUUUUUUUUCUUUUUGUAAAUCAUGUUUUUGAGCGUAAAAACAUGUCACGUGCGGCCCGCCCGUGCAAGUCCGUUUCUAUUCGCGUAUUUUGUUUGACUCGCGAAUGACGACGGUAGGAAAUUAUAUUUUUAAAUCGUUUUUUUUUCUACCGAAAAUACGGUACCUACAAUAAUAAUAAUAAUAAAAAAAAAAAUGUAUAAAUUACGUGAAUCUCGCCGUAUAGCGUAAUAUUUCUAACGAAUAAUAUUGUAUGCUAUUUUGGGUACGGACCGCCAGUCCGUCAGCAUCGACCGUAUCGAGCUUGUUAUCUAUUAUUAAUUGUAUUAUAAUAAAUACUGGCACAAAUAAUACAAAUAAUACACGGCUAGGUAACGAAAUACUCAUUUUUUUUUUUUUUAUGCUUCCUCCUUUAACUUUUUCUCACUCAUCCGCACCCCGGGUAGGUGUAUGAAAAAAAAAAUUAUACUAGUAUACGCCAGUAGUUCUACGCGACGACCGUUAAAUCAUUUAUCGUAAAUACUAAAUAAUAUAAUACCUAUAUUAUGGUUAUUAUUAAAAUUUUGAAUGAAUUAUUAUUUAUUAAAUAUUUUAUACGCGAUUAAAAUAAUGAUGGAAAAAAAAUAACGCUUUGAAAUUCAUUCAUAUAACAUAUAUAUUGUAUACAAGAUACGGGCGUAUAUAAAUGUGAUUGAUAAUAUUUUAAUAAAAUAUAUGUGUUGUGCGUGUUAAAUCAUAUUUCCUCUAAACGAAUAUGAUAAUAUUGCGUGUGAAUGUACGUACGUAUAUUAUAACAUCAUUACAAUAUUAUCUGAAUAUAACAUUCGUUUGAAAAUAUUUUAUCAUGAUACGUUUCCGGUCGGAGUAAAACGUUAAUAACAAUAGCUGUUACAUUAGUGGUGAACAACCGCCGCGGGUAUUCUCUCUCUCUCUCUCUUUUUUUAUAUAUAUAUAUACACAUUAAAUAUAAUAAUUUAUCUAAAUGUGUGUAUAUAUUAUUUUUUUUUAAUGAACUGUAAACGAAAUCCCGAUAAUGUCUAUAAUUUACAAUAUUUUACUAUACAUGAUAUUAUACUACUAUAUUUUCGAAAAAUUAUUUCAUACACACAGAGGUUGUGAUGUGCCCUGGAUAAACACCCACAGGGUAUUUAAAUAUUUUGGAUAUUUGCCCACCUGAAAAUCGGGUAAAUGAUUUUUUACUAUCCUAACGGAUAAUUAAUUAAUAAAUUACGUUUCUAUAGAGUAAUCAACAUAACAUAAAACGUUCGUUAAAUCCGAAAGUGUUAAUUUUUUUUCGGAUUUUGGUUGUUUAGAAACAAGCAACUCAAAACGAGACUGUGGGUAAUAAAAAUGUCUUACGUUUUGCUGAUUACUCUGUGUAUAGGAGUAAAAUUACAUGGAUUUUCGAAUCGUGACAGUAAAUAAGUAAUUGCAAUUUGUUGUAACGAAUCCGACAACCGGAAUAACCGUUUUUUGUAAUAUUUCGGUAGGUUUUCGUACGAGUAUGUGGGAAUAAUAGAAAAUAAUUGAGAAAAUCAUAUAGGUAGGUAGUUGGAAAUAAUUAGAAUAGAUAUUACAUUAGAUUAUACAGUUUGAUAUUUCUUGAUUUCGAUUGUGAUUAACAAUGUCACCGACUUAAACCGCAAACGGUUUGACAUUUUCGUCGUAAAUAGAGGGAGAGCUUGUAUCCCGCGAUGCAAUUUAUUUCAUCGACCCGCGGGUAAAAUUUAUAAUUUUGAUAAUGAUAAAAUAAAAAUUUAUUGUAACAUUCGGAACAUAUGUCAUAUUAUAUCCAUCACAAUUGUACGCUCGUUGUCCUAAAACUAUACAUAAUAUUUUCUUAAAUCAUUUUUCUUACGUGCAGUACUUACAUACCUACUAUUAUGUUAUACUAUGGUAUCAGCUAGUGCGUAUCAUAUUGUGCGAAACAAAUUUGUUCCGUGUGCGUUAUAUUUUUUUGCUGGUACGUGUUGCGGCUACUAAAAGACAAAUUAACGUUGUUGAAUGCCCCGUUUUGAAAGAUGAUUGUGCUAAACUAUACUGUUUUAUUUUUUAUUUUUAAACGUAUAAAUAGUUGGUACCUUUUAUGUUUAAUUUAUAGAAUAUACAUGUGUAUAUAUAUAUAGGUACCUUUUACAAAACUCAGCGGUCAGUAACAAAAUACCUAAAUAACAAACCGUCUUAAAUAUAAUGUCAAUACAAUUUGUUUAGACCCAAUAAUAAUGAAUAAAUAAUUAAAAAAAAAUGAAGAUACUGAGUUUGGAAAUAUGAGAUAAGCUAAACAAAACUAAUAUAUUGUAUUUAUACAUUUCCAUUUUAUCAUUCAAUCUGCCCUAAAAUAUGAUCACUGAAAUCAAAUCCAUAGGUAUUAGUAAUUAUUAUUAUUAGUUUAUUUACUAUUUAUAGGUACUAAUCUAAUCGUCUCACAUUAUAGCGAUUCGGAUGAGUUUCGUUUUAAACAAAAGAAUGUAUUAACUAGGUACACGUUUUUGAUUUUUUCUUAAUAAAAAGUAUAGUAUAGAUAGUCAAAUAAAAUAAUAGAUAAAUACCAAAAAAAUUUCAAGAGAGGGGAUGUAACUGCCAAUCUCUUCCCUUAAGUACGUCACUAUUAUCUAAAUAGAUAUUAACGUUUAUGGGUAUGCGUAUUAUGGUGACGGUUUUCAACAUUUUCUCCAAUUCUCUACAUUUUAAUAACUAUAUUUACAUUUUAACGACCGUUAAAAAAAAAGUAUAGGAAUUUCAUAGACCGAAGGAACAUAAUAAGAAAAUAGUAAUAAUUUGUUGCUCGUCAAUUUGUUAGCGGUCCUCGAUAGAAUAUUAAAAUUAUUAUAAUAUAAUAUAUCUGUUGCCCAUUCGCGAUGUUUAUUAUCACCGAUGAUAAAUAAAAACCACCGGAAACCGGAUAUUAUUGUAUCGUGUUUAACAAUCUCGUCGUAUACAAAAUGGUAAAUUGUAUAAAUAUACCUAAUGUUAUUAAAAUAAAUACAAAUAUAGAACAAAUACGAUAUUAUACAAAGCAUAUUAUUAAUAUUAAAGUAGACGAUGGGUUUCAACCUAACCGACUAUAAGUUUUCGUUUUAAACGCGUUUACAAUAAUUCUGUUGCAUCUCGCGUUUUACAUUUUUUCCUGUAUUGUUUCACACUAUACAUAAAAUUAAUAGUUGUGAUUAUUAUAGGUAGGUAGGUGUAGGUAAAUUAUAAUUGUCCAUCGGUUCAAUCGUGUUAUUACGAGUACGGAUUUUUAGAUAGAUAAAAAUGUAUAGAUAAAUAUAAUUCAAUUAUUACCUAAUAUAGACAUACUAUAACAGUGUGUAGCAUACAUUCUUAUGCCAAACACUUUUACGAACGUAGUUGUGUAAAUUAUAACCUAACCUAUUAUAAUAUGUCGGUUUGUUUUUUAUUUCUGUGCAAACUUGGUGUUCAACGUUUUUUUUUCAUCCUCCCCUCCAUUCCCUCCCCGUCCGCCAGUUAAAAAAAUAGUACCCGAUAUACUGUACGUAGAUAGGUAUACUGUAUAUUAAUAUUUUGUGAUAACACAAUAUUGGACUUCCGCGAAUUGAUAUAAGUUUUGCUACAGUGGCCAGUCGGACACUCGGCGCAACGGCAUUGGACUACGGUAUGGUGCGCGGCCGUUGGCCCGUACGUUAUUUUUCGUUGAUAACCUUUUUCGUCUUCCGUCGAAAACGUGUUUUAAAAUUUUUCAUUGAUCUUGUAUUAUAUCAUAUAAUAUGUUAGUCUAAUUUUUUUUUUUUAUAUAUAUAUUUCAUCAAUCCGAAUAUUAUGAUACAAUGAAAUAUAAUCGAAUAACUACAAAUUAAAAUAAAUCACCUAAAAUGUUUUCAAUAUUUAUAUAUUAUAUGUACCUAUAUGAUAAUCUCGAGAUAAGAUAAAUUGUAAGUAGGUAUAGGAUCAAUAUUUCUAGGUACAUACUAAGUAUAGGUAUUGAUUGAAAUAAUAAUAAUAUAAAAAAAAAAAAUUAUGUUUAAUGGUACUCUUUAUAAAAAAAAAAAAACCACGCAUAGACUAUAAAAUAGAGGUAGGUAUAUAAUAUAGAUACUAAAUUACAAAUUCGUUUUACAAACGAUUUUAAAGAAGACAUUUUGUUUCGACAUCUAUUUGUGUUUGUUUUUAUAUAGGUACCUUACGUUAUAUCCGCACGUUUUAAAAUGUUCAAUUAUUUGACACCUAAAUCGAUUCUGGUUUUAACAUUGUGCUUAGUUAAUUAAUUGUAUUCACAUAAUGUAUUGUAUUGAUUGCUUUUAAUGGUACGGUGUACAUUUUAGUCGAUUUAGACUUAAAAGCCGGACAAAACUGUCGGUAUUAUGUUUGACGGAUUUUAAUUUAAAAAACGGCCGUACCCAUUCCCCUUAUAAAUGGAACAACAGAUUAGCGAAAGUCUUAUUAUGAAAAUGGUCAUUGAACGUAACAAUUUUUUUUAAAUUUUACUAAAUUGGAAAAAAUUUGGAAAAUUGUUUCCAACCUCUUAACUGAUUUUAAAUUUAUUAUUUUGCUGAGUACUAAGUACAUUUAUAAUAUUAAUGUAGGCGUAAAUUAUUAUUACAGUACAUAACAUAACAUAUUUAGGUAUAGGUAUACUUAUUAUCCCGUGAUCCGAUUAGCAGGUUUAACAGUUACGUAAAAUAACCAUUAUAUAUUUGAUAUACAUUUAUUCCAUCAAGGGAAGGUUAGACUGUUACAAAGUAAUAAUAUUUAACAAAUUAAAAUAAUUGAUGGAUCUCCUCAAAAGCCAAUGGCUGUGCAAUAGGAGAGAUAGUUUCACUAAUUAUAAAAGUUUAAUUAUUAUAUUAAGCUAAUAAAAAAAAAGUUGAUUAAACUAAUCGAAAUAAAUAAUAUUGAAAAAUAUACAUAAUUGUUCUUAAAUUGAAAUUUCAUAUAAGAUAAUUGAUUGAAUAAGUACUAUGUAUGUUAAUCUUUUUAGUUUGGAAUUUAAGAUAUUUGAGUGAUUUUAAAAUGUAAAAUCGUUUUUUUAACAUAUUUUUUACAUAAUUAAUAUGAACAUUUGAUUUUAAGUUUUCAUUAAUGAAAAUAUCUAAAUAUUUAAAUGAAGUGAUGCGAUUCAAUAUAAAACAGCUAGUUGCAUGUACCUUUUGAGUUGCUAUUGUUAAGAUAGCUAUGAAAAUGAACAGUAGUUUAUUAAUUUAGUAAUUUAAUUAAAUGGUUAUUUAACACACACACACAUAUUUCUCCAGUUAUAAGGAGGCCGGCCACUUCCAAUACACACAGUGUAUGUAUUAUUCCCGUUGCUUUUGGACAGAUGAUCACAAGCGAGUGUAAAAGACUACGCAGAGAUUCUUACAAAAGCACGGGAACCUAGAACAGUGUUUUGUAUUUUAAAAAAAAAUUAAUAAAAUAGAAACAGUUAUUAUAUUUAAAUCUUUUUAUUUACUACGGUCACCUAUAUCAAAUUCAACCGAUCAAUUUGCCGCCUGAAGAAGAAAGGUAAUCAAAUUUAUAAUUAAUUUAUACGUGUGAAUCGAUUUUAUAUAACUAGGCACCCCCCGCCUUAUUUUUGAAUUACAACAGUAUUACCUUAAUUAGGUAGGUAUGUUUUUGAACAAUAGUAUACAAAGAUUUGUUUAAGUUACAUUUAAAAUACAGUUAUUAUGAUACUUCGGUACAUAUUAUAAUAUAGUCAAAAUAUUAAGUUAUUAAAUAUAAAAUCUAGCUUUUAACUCUAAUUUCAAAACUGAGAACUGAUCGCCACAUCCUAACAUAUUUUAAUUUUUAAAGUGUGUCAAAAUCAUUCAGAUUGAUACAUAUGCCAAAAUAAAUUUGAUAAAUUGGGAAAUUAAUAAAAAAUCUGAAAGUCUUGGUCAGAAAUGUAUUAAAAAAAAAAUCAAACAAUAUCUGGAAAAAAAAUUGAUUUGCUGUCAUUUGUGAAAUGUGAAUUAUAUAAAUAUUUAUUUGUAUUUAUUUUAAUUACCUACAUUAUAAUGUGUAACUAUCAUAAUAAUUGUAUUUUAAAUACAAAAACUUAUAAAAAUAUUUGUAUACUAUAAUUCAAAAACAUACCUAAUUAAGAGUUUUUUUUUUUUUAUCUGUUUAAUUCCCGACCGUAACUCGGUAUCAACCCAAAUUGUGACUAUGCUUGAUAUUAUUUAAAAUAACAAAAGAAAAAAAAAAGCAAAUACCUACUGAAAUACUCAAAUAAUUUCAGAUGAUAUACGAUUCUGCACAAUGUACCUUUUUUUCUACACGAUCCCGUACAUUAGUCGUAAUACAAAAGAUUUUUUCUAUGUAACACAAUUUCGCAUACAAAAUGCUGUAGCGUUGCCAAUUAUAGUAAAAAAUAUUUAUAUAGGUAAUUAUAAUAUUAAUUUUAAUCAAAUUUUAAUUUAAUAUAAAUAAACGAAUUAGUUUAUAUACCUGAUAAAACAAAUAAUUAACUAAAAAUUAAGUAUAUAAAAAAUAUAUAGUAAAAUGUCAAAAAGUAAAUAAUAGGUAUUGAUUAUUUUUAGUCAAACGCUAAAAAAGAUUUAAUUAAUUAAAAAAAUUACUAUUGUUUUCCUUGAUACCUACUUCUGAUAAAAAUUGAAUGAUAUCAUUUUUAUAAGAUUAAUACUUAUUGUAUGCAUUUAUCGUGAAUUCCAUACGUUCUUUUUCUUUUGCGUUCAAAAUUUUCUUAUCACUAUGUAAUUUAAUCGAUCCGAUUUUAGUUUCAGUUUCCGACUGAAAAUCCAUCAAUACUUUUAGGACUAAAUAAAUAUGUGGGGGAGGGUAGUAAAAUUGGGCGUUUUAUGCACGAUGGAAACUUUCAGAAGUAUUAGUUUUCCUAUAAUGUAGGUAAUUAAUAACAAUUAUUAUUCACAGAAAUAUUAAUGUUGAUUCAACUAAUGUUACCUUGGGUUCACUGAUGGCUUUUCUGCCACAAUUCUGGUGAAAAUAAGCAUUCAUCUUCAAUGUAAUUUUUCAAAAUACAUUCAAAGAACAAAUAUCCUACAUCGUUGGGGUAAACAUUUGUAAGUUCGGUGAAUGCUUCAUUUACUGCAAGGAAAGGCAUAGCGAAAAAUUGCUUCAACCAUUUUCCAAGUUCAUCAUUUGAAUCCAUGUGUGCUUUUUUUAAAACUAGAUUCACUUUGUAUCUAUAAACAAUUAAUAACAUAAAUAAAUAAAUAAAAAAAAAAAUACCUAUACAUAUAAAUAUAUAUUAAUAUUGUUUACCUUACGCCCCAACAUUGUCUUAAGUGAAAUCUGCAAGACAUUAUUUUUACAUUCAGGAAAAACGAUAGCACUGCUUUAUGUGCAUUGAUUUCAAAGUCCAAAUAUAUUUUUUUUAAUAUCUAAUACUUGAUCGCUACAAAUUUAUAGAAAAUAAUUCCAUAAAUCUACGUAGGUAUUUUGAGUUUUAUCUUUAAAAAAAAAAUAUACUAGUGGUAAAUAAAAUCCAUUUUUAUAACUAUGUAUUGUGAUAUAUGUUUUAUAAUUAUAUAUUUGUAAAAAAGCUUAGGUGAAUAAUUAAAUAUUCUGUCACAAAAUAAUUUUGAACAAAAUUGAGCCAAGAAAUUAAUGUUUUGAACAGUUGUAAGGCAAAUAAAAUUAGCAUCUGCUGGAGCAUAAAUAAAUUGUUGAUUUUUAAAAUAAAACAUUUAUCAGUUUUUAAAUUCCUUAUUUGUUGUAAAGCAUCAUUUAAGAAUAUUAGAAGUACAGGAUAAUAUUUUCUUCGUUUAUCGAAUAUUGCUUUAUUCACAGAUCUGUCAUGGUGUCUUAUUUCCAAUGAUUCUGGAGUUUCGAGUAACUCUAUCCAAAUAAUUUUUAGAAGUUGGGUAGAAAUUAAUUCCUCUGCUCGUCACCUACGAUUUUCUCUUAGUACUUGUUUUUCGAUUUUAUUAGAAGUGUUGACCGGAUGAUCAUGCACACCUUUUGAGUCUUGCAUUAUUUUUUUUUUUCAAAAUUUGAAAAAAUAAACGGAGUGCAAUUUUUAUCAGAAGAGCAGCGCCAUUUUAAAAGUUUAUCGCAUUUACGAACAUCGAUAAAUCUAUGUUUAUAUCCAUUUACAUCAGCUAAUUCUUUAUUUUUUUCCGAAUAAUACGAAUUUCUAAAUUAUUUAUUUUAUACAAUUUAAAAGAACAAAAAUAUGUCAUCGCAAUAUACGUAUUACGAUCAGUGAUUGAACAGGUAACUGACGAGUCUAGAUAAAAUGUAUACUGUAGAAUGUAAACUAUUCAGAUAAUCCUAAAUUUGAAAGUUUCAGCAAUUUUAAAUUUGAAUAUGCUGUAUUAAGAAAUAUUUAAACUGGGUGACUUGUUAGUUAGAUGCGUGUGUUAUUUGCGUACUGCAUAUAAUACAAUAUAUUUUUGUGUAUCGCUUUUUAUUUUGUUAUUUAUCGUUUGUAUUUAUUUGAUUUAAUAUCGAGCUAAUAAACUGUUUUAGCUAAUGUUUGGGCAUACCAUUCAUCGUGCGAUAAAAGUUCAUGUUAUCCAGCUACCGGUAAUUUAUUGAUUGGCAGGGAAAACCAUCUCGUGGCAUCUUCGACAUGCGGUUUAAAGCAAAGGGUUUGUAACUUAUUUAUUAUCAAUAUUAGUAUUUAAGUUAUAUUCACAAACAUAUAACAACUAAAAACUUACAUAUAUUAACAAAAGUUUUGAUAUCUAUUACAAUUAUUAUUUAUAAUUUAGGAUUCUGUUAGUAUUUAAUAAUUUUACAUGAAAAGAAAUAUAGUUCAAUAAUGAAUAUUGAUAAGUUCACCAAGAUUUGAUCAACAUUUUAAAUUGGCUGUUGCAUGAUUGAAUUGAUAAAAUAAUAUUUUAUUUUCUCAGUUACACAAAAAUAAUAUACUUUCCCAACGUAUGUGUUAUAUAUAUAUAAAAAAAAAGAACUAACUAAAUUUAGAUAUUUUAUAAUAUCCUAUAAAUCUGUUCAAACUGUAAUACAAUACAUAUUAUAUAAUAUAUUUAUGGUUUAUUUUUAGGUAAGGUAUUGUAUUGUAAACAAUCUCGAAGAACGUAAAAAAUGUUUUUGGUGCGAUUCAAGACAACCGUUUCAACCGAAUUCAAAGUAUUCUCCAAGUCAUAGAAUCGAAAAUAUUGUCCACCCUUCUUACACUGGGUAAUUAAUAAUUAAUAUUAAACGUGAAAUGUACAUAAAUUGUAUAUUAUAAGUACAAUAUAAAUUGUAAAUAUCUAUUAAUUAUAGUGCUACAUCUACACAAUGGUGGCAAUCGGAAAAUGGUGUUGAAAACGUCACCAUUCAAUUGAAUCUCGAAGCCGAAUUUCAUUUUACUCAUUUAAUUAUUACGUUUAAAACAUUUAGACCAGCAGUAAUGCUUGUUGAAAGAUCUUAUGAUUUUGGUAAUACUUGGCAAGUAAGUACACAUUUUAAAUCUUAACAUUCUCAACUACCCGAGAAAUAAUUCAUGGGCAAUGUUCAUUAAUAGGUACCUAAUAAAAAUUAAAUUCUAAUUUUAUUUACAGGUGUACAGAUACUUUGCGUAUGACUGUGAUUCCGUUUUCCCGAACAUACCCAAAGAACCACCACGUAAUUUGACUGAAGUUGUUUGUGACCAAAGAUAUUCGUCUGUACCUCCUUCUGCAAAUGGUGAAGUAUGUAUAUAAUUUGUAGUUAUACAGGGUGAUUAACAUAAUGUAAGAUACUCAUUAUCUCGAUAGUUAAGUUUUUUCAGAAUUGUCAAAAAUAGCUCCAAAAUAUUACAUUACCAUUAUUUUUUAGUGUGAAACCUUACCUAACCUAUUUGUUUUUGAUAUUCCAAUAGCAACUUAUAUUGGAAAUUCAAUAAAAAUAUGAAUUUUUGGGUUAUAAUAUAUAUAUUUAUAUACAUUUUGUUACUGCCAUUUUUAAUUUCCGUCAACCUGUUGAUGAAUUAUUCCAUUUUUAUGUUAGCCUUUUCCGGGCAGGAGAAGAAUAGUGCAACACAAUUUGUGUGGUUGCGAAAGGUGUAGAAUUUAAAUAUUACUCCAUUAAUCUUUCCUACGCAUAAAAUGACAAACUUAAAAGUGGAUUAUCUCGUUAACGGGUUAACAAAAAUAAAUAAUUUCAACAUUAAAAUUUAUUUAAACUAAAAUUUUAUCUAUUUAUAUAAUGUUUAAUAUAGGUUGCUAUAUGCAAAUGAAAAUUUGGUAGUGGUUUAAUCCUCAAAAUAACAAAAAAUGACGGUAGUGUAAAAUUGUUGAGUUGUUUUUUUCUUCAAAACAAAUAUCAUAAUAAGUUAUUACUUUCUUAAGUCAUGAAUGUCUUUUGUUAAGUUGAUCACCCUGUAUUUCUUUUAGUUUAUUUAAAAUUUUUACUUUUAUAUUUAUGAAAAUUGGUUUAUAGACUGGAAAAUCUUAUUUUUCACUUGGUAUACGGAUUAAUUAAAGUUUAUUAAAAAUCUAAGAUAAGUGGUAACUUACAACUAGUGAGGUAUUCUUUAAGAUAAUGGUUAAAUUGAAGAUAUGUAUCUAAUAAAGGUUAAUUUAUUAGUUAAUUUAAAACUUCGAAAACCAGGGAAUGAUUUAGUUAUUAUCACUAAAACAUUUUUAAUGAUAUAAAAAUUCAAGUUAGUUUUAUUAAAAAUAAUAUCUUUAAUAUCUAUUAGAUUGUACGGAAUUAUACUUUGAUCUACUUUAUUUUCACUGAACACCUGUUUAGUAGGAUAAUAUUUAAUUUAAUUGAAGAGGAGUGCAAUUUAUUUUUAAACCCUAUUAGUAUAAUAAUUUUAUGAGCAUAUGUAUGUAAGAGAAAAACAUUUUGAAAGUCUUGUCUCCAUGAUGGGGUUCCUGAAAGUUUGAUUAGGUUUAGUUACCUAAUUCUCGGUAAUUCCACUCGAUUUUCAUUAAAUUUAGUCCUCCUUUGAAGUUUUUCUCCACUUUAACCACUGCUUUUAGAAACCAAUAUUUAUGAUAUUAUUAUUUAUUUAUUUUUAAUUUUAUUUAAAUAUUAAAUGUAUACUUUGGUGAAGAUCAGUUUUAAUCAAAUAAAUAGUUUGAUUAGAAUAAAAAAAAAAUCACACAUUGUAAAAUAAAUACAAAAAUAUAACUUAUAAUGUUUUUAUUUCUACAGGUAAUUUUGAGAGUUUUGCCUCCUAAUCUACACCAUAUGUAUGAUGAUCCGUAUUCGUCAGAAGUACAAAACUUAUUGAAAAUGACCAACUUGAGAAUUAACUUUACUAAACUUCAUACACUCGGAGACAAUUUGUUGGACAACCGAGAUGAAAUUUUGGUAAGUUUUAUACUUAACAGAAGAGAGAUAUUUUUUGAUGUACAAUAUAAGAAAUAAUGUUUUAAUUGUUAAUUAUAACUUAAUAGGAAAAAUAUUACUACGCGAUCAGCGAAAUGGUAGUACGAGGGUCUUGUUCGUGUUACGGACAUGCAUCUCGCUGCUUACCACAAGAUGGUACAGUUAGCAAGCCGGACAUGGUUUAUGGUCAAUGUGAAUGCACUCAUAACACCAAGGGUCUAAAUUGUGAGGCUUGUGAAGACUUUUUUAAUGAUUUCCCAUGGAAACCGGCUAUUGGUAGACAGACAAACGCGUGUAGACGUAAGUGGUGAUUAGUGCAAAUGAACAUAGAAAUUGGAAAAAUAUUUUUUUUAAUGUUUCGGUCGUAUUAAGGAUGUAAUUGCAAUAAUCAUGCAACGAGUUGUCAUCAUGAUGCUGCUGUGUUUGAGUUGACUGGUCGAACCAGUGGUGGGGUGUGCGACGGAUGUACUGAUAACACAAUGGGACGAAAUUGUGAACAAUGCAAACAAUACUUCUACCAAGAUCCUACAAAACCAUUUACCGAUCGUGAUGUUUGCUUACGUAUGUUUCCCACAAGUCAUAGUACUAUUAUUUUUGUAUAUUGAACGGUCUAAAUUAGUUUUAUUUAGUUUUAAUUGGGUAUACACCAUGAAAAUAUGUUUUAUUAAUUAUCGAAUAUUGUAUGUAUUAAUUGUAGCAUGUGAUUGUGAUCCUGGUGGUUCUUUGGACGACGGAAUAUGUGACUCCAAAACUGAUUUAGUUAACGGAUUAGAAUCCGGUCGAUGUCACUGUAAAACUAAUGUUGAAGGUAGACGAUGUGAUGCGUGUAAAAACGGCUUUUGGAAUUUCAGCGAGUCAAAUCAAGAUGGAUGCCAAGGUAUGCAUAUAAACAUUAAAAAGUUUUCGUUAAAUUAUUAUAUUUUUUGCAGUAAAUAAUUUUUAUUCGUUAUGAAUUUUGUAUACUUUGUAAAAUUUCAUCCAUUAUAACUAGAUAGACAUUAAUAAUAUUUUAUGUUUGUUUUAGUGUGCACUUGUAACACUCAAGGAACGGUAGACAACCAAGGUUGUAAUAAAGAAACCGGAGAAUGUACAUGCAAAAGGUAUGUGACUGGUAGAGACUGCAAUCAGUGUAUUCCAGGAUACUGGGGUUUGUCCGAUAGCCCAGACGGUUGUAAACCUUGUGACUGUGACAUCGGUGGAGCAUAUGAUAAUAUGUGUGAUGUUAUUACGGGUCAAUGCAAGUAAGUUAUUAUUGUAUACAUUUUAUUACUCUAAUUAUUAUAGUAUUAAUUUGUAAUAAUUAUUAUAAUUAUAGUUAUAAUUACUUAUAAUUGUAUUAAAUAUUUUUAUACUAAUACCCAUGUCUAUAAACAAUUGAAAUAUACCUAUCUAUAAUUACCUACUUAAUUAUAAUGUAUUUUUUUUUAUUUUUUAAGUUGUCGUCCUCAUUUGUCGGGUCGCAUGUGCAGUGUACCAGAACAAAACUUUUUUGUUGGUUCCCUCGAUGCAUCCAUCAGUGAAGCAGAAUUAUCCAACUGUACAAACGUAUGUACACUAUGAUCCUUUAAAGUUUUUAUAAUUUGUAUGCAAUAUAUUCAACUAUCAUUUAAAUAUUUAGAAUUGUCAAGUAUAUAUUCGAGAACCCUAUAGAGAUGGCCGUAAUAACACGUGGACUGGAACUGGAUUUAUGGAAUUGUUUGAAGAAUCCGAAUUAGUAUUAGAAAUAAAAAAUGUACCGAUUACAGCUGUUUAUGAAAUUGUUCUCAGAUAUGAAAAUCAAGUGAGUAGUAAAGACUAAGUAAAAUAAAAUAAAUAAAUUAUAUAGAAAUGUGAUUAAAUAAUUAUAAUAUUAUUAACAAUGAAUUAUAUAUUGUGCAAUCAGGGACCUAAUGUUUUGAGUGCAAUGGUUAAUUUGGAAAGAACAGACCCAAUUGACUCUAAUGGUACUUGUGCUGACUAUGAACAAAAUUACAAUGCUGGAGAUAUUAGGAAUGUUUUAUUAACACCAGGUUAACUUAAUUCUUAAAGUUAAAUAAUUAAUGUUUUUAAUUAUUGUAAAUCUGACUAAGAAAAUAUCUAAUAUUAUUUUUAAACAAAUGUGUUUUUAGUCUCUAAAUAUGCCAUUACAUCACCACCGGUGUGUUUAGAAGCCAAUAAAAGCUAUAAGACAAAAAUACAUUUCCAAAGAUUUAACAAAACUCAACUUGAUCCAUCCGCAUCAAUACUAGUAGAUUCUGUAAGUAUUUAAUGAAUUUAGAAAAACAUUUGUGUACAAUAUAAUAACUAACUAAUAACAUUGAUUAUUAUAUAUUUAAAUAAUAAUAUGUUAGAUUUUUAAAUUGUAAUUACUCAAUACUAAUAUUCGUGUCAAAGUAUUUUUUAAAAAAGAAUAAUAAUGUUGGACCUUUUAAUUUUGAAUUUUCCAAUUUUCCAAAACUCCCUAAUUCUUUCGAGUGUAGUGAGCCUGAUGGUAGUAGGACUCAAAACUAUAUAUUGAUAAAGUCAUCACCUGUGACGAAACUUUUGUUCCGUGUUUGGUAGAUUUAGGAGUUUGAAGAACUAAAUAACACUUGAUAAAAAUUUAAAAUGCAUUAAUUUAUCCCUGAGAUUCAAACUUACAAACCCAUGGGUCGAACAUACAAGAGAACAAUUUCAACAAUUUCGGUCAAACUUAGUAUGACAAAGUCUAAACAAAGUCUGGUCCAAGUCUAACGUCAUACUAGAUUGGCGCCUUGUAUACAUACGAUUAAUUUCGAGGGGUGCCAUCCAACACGGAUCUAACAAAAUCUUCAGAAACUUCAUUUCGGGAACCAAAAGCAGUUUUCCCCCAGGCUCUCCUAGUAAUGUUGCCUUUACCUAGGGCUACUGUGUCUUACAACAGCAGAUCCAAAGAACAAGAUAAUUACCAUUAAUUAUAAAUAAAACAUAUUCUAAAACCGAAACAACUAUCACCUAUUACAAUAGCCGUGAACACCGAUUAGAAUAUAACAAGAAUAAAACUUAUAAACUAUGUAAAAUUAUGUAAACUGAAAUAUAAAUGAAUAUAGGAAUACUUAGGGGCUCUAUUUAGGAGACCUGACGAAAAAUAGUAGUAAUCUCAGAUUUCUACACUAGUAUUUUUACAAUUAUAGGUUGUUCUAAUACCACAUGUUGAAAGUAUGCCAUUUUUCCAAGGAUCACCAGCGAAUGAGUUAAAACUUGAAGAAUACAAACAUUACAAAUGUAAAGAAGCAUAUUACACUGUUCUUAGAGAUCAUGCGGUACCUGAUAUUUGUCAAAAAUAUCAUUAUAGUGUUGGUUUUUAUUAUUUGGAUGGAGCAUUCGGUGAGUAAAUUUACUUAAUAUUGAAUUAGAUAUUAUUAUGUAUGUUUGUGUUUAGCAUGCCAAUGUGACCCAACGGGAUCAACUAGUGCUAUUUGUGACUCAUUGGGUGGCAAGUGUUCUUGUAAAACAAAUGUAGUUGGAAGAAAAUGUAACAGAUGUGCUCCUGGUACAUAUGGAUUUGGUCCAGAAGGGUGUCAAGGUAAUAAAUAUUACAAAUUAUGUGACAAAAUUUUAUAAUGACACGACUUAAAGGAAGUAGCAUUCAGUGAUACAUAAUUAUUUCCAUAUAGGUAAUGACAUAAAAAAAAAAAAAAACCAAGGUUGUGUUAGUGGACAAUUCCUAUACAUCAAGUGUUCAUUGAUAUUAUACUUAAAUACCAUAAUAUAUUUGUGUAGCAUAAAAAAAUUAAUUUUCCCUACAUACUAUGAGUGUACAUACAGUAUUUUAAAAUUUGCUUUGGUAAUUUUCCCUACAAACUGGGAAAUAUUGACCCACUUAUUAUAGCCUCUCACCCUAAUUAGGGUUAUUCAGAAUGUACUAUUUUAAUGGGAUAUUAUUUUAUUUUUUAAAAGUGUUUUAAAGUCUGCAUUUCUGUCCUAUUAACUGUCCCACUCAUUACUACUUACUAAUUUUUAACACUUUUUAAUUGACUUCUCAUUAUGCAUUGUUAUAUAUUUACUGCCUAAAUAGUAAAUAUUAAUGUUUCAGUAGUUUGGGAUCCACUGGCCUUUCUUAUGAAAUAUUGCUAGCAGAGUAAUAUUUUUGGAUUGAUAAUACAUAGAUUUAUUUUAUAAAAUAAAAGAAAAAAAAUAUUUACAAAUUAAAACAAUUUUUUUUAUUUUUGAAAUUAGCAUGCGACUGUAACAGUGUGGGAGCUUUAGAUAAUUUGUGUGAUGUUUCAAAUGGACAAUGUAAGUGUCGUACACAGACGUAUGGAAGGGAAUGUGAUCAGUGUGAACCAGGUUCAUGGAACUAUCCUGAUUGUCAGAGGUGUACGUGCCACGGACACACUGAUGUAUGCGAUUCUCAUACUGGAGUAUGUCUUAACUGCCAAGGUUUUACAGAAGGAAGUAAUUGUGAUAGGUGUGUAGAAUGUGUAAUAUAUAAACAAAUAUACAUAUUACUGAUUUUAUUUCUAACUAAUAAUUGAAUAUUGUAUAGAUGUAUAGAGGGUUAUUAUGGUGAUCCUCGUUUGGGAAUAGACAUUCCUUGUCGACCAUGUCCGUGUCCUGGAACAGCAGAAUCUGGACAUUCCUAUGCUCAUCGAUGCGCAUUAGAUUCAAAAACACAAGAUGUCUUCUGUGAAUGCCAAGAAGGAUAUAAAGGUAAAUAUAUUUUAAUUUGUGUACAUUCAUAUUAUUUAUCCUUAAAUUCCAUAGGUUCUAGAUGUAAUUUGUGUAAUGAGAACUAUUAUGGAAACCCUGAAGUUCCUGGAGGUUCAUGCCAACCAUGUAACUGUAAUAAUAAUGUGGAUAUAACUAAGAUGGGUAAUUGUGAUCCACACAAUGGAAAAUGUCUCCAAUGUUUAUUUAACACAGAAGGUGACAACUGUGAUGUAUGUAAAACUGGAUUUUAUGGUGAUGCAAUUCAACAGAAUUGUGCUGGUUAGUUUAAUUUUCUUUUAUUACUGAAUUUAAUUGAAGUUUUACUAUAAAUUAAUACGUUCACACUUUAUUUAUUACUUAUUUUAUAUUAUUUAUAAAUAUUUUAUUAUAUAAAAUUAAUUAAUUAUUUUUUUGUUUAUAGAAUGUGUGUGUGAUUUUCUGGGAUCACAAUCCUUGGUGUGCAAUCACACCACUGGACAAUGUCCUUGCUUACCUAAUGUUGUUGGAUUAACUUGUGAUACUUGUAAACCUAAUCAUUGGAAAAUCGCUAGUGGAAAUGGAUGUGAGCCGUGUAAUUGCGAUCCUGUUGGAUCGCUCUCUGAACAAUGUAACCAGGUACCUAUAGCUAAAAAUUAACAAUUAAGCAAAAUAAAUAAGCAAAUAAAUCAUUUUUAACAUAUAUUUUUUUUCUAAUCAUUUUUGAUUUUAGUUUGACGGCCAAUGUAAAUGUAAACCUGGUUUUGGUGGAACUCAAUGUAAUCAGUGUCAAACUAAUUAUUGGGGUGACCCUAAUAAAGAAUGCUAUGGUUAAUAUUUUCAAAAGAAUGUUUAUUAUUUUAUAUAAUUAUAAAAAAAAAUUAUAUUUGUUUUAGCAUGUGACUGUAAUCCUGAAGGUUCGGCGACACAGCAAUGUAAUCAGACUACUGGACAUUGUAAUUGUAUGUUAGGAAUAGGGGGAGAAAAAUGUAAUAUUUGUGCAAGGGGGUAUUUAGGCACAGCUCCGAACUGUAGUCCAUGUGGAGAAUGUUUCGAAAAUUGGGACCAAUCGCAGAAAGAACUAAAUGGUAAAACAAAAUAUGAGUAGUUAAAUAGAUUAUAGAGAUAAACUUAAAGAUGUAUAAUUCAUAUCAUUCCAAAAAAUUAAUUAUUUUUAAUUAGAGCAAACCGAGAAUGUAAUAAAAUCGGCUUCUGAAAUAAAAGCUACUGGAGCUGCAGGGGCUUACACAGUUGAAUUCGAGAAUAUGGAAAAAAAAAUAACUGAGGUUAAAGUUAUUUUGCAAACAACUACAAAAAGUUCAUCUGAUCUACAAAUACUAAAUGAAGUUAUUGAUCACCUUAGGUAUUUAUUAAAUAGUAUAUCAGCAUUAUGAAAUAACUGAUUGUUAAUAAAUAAAAAAAAUGUGGUUAUUUGCAGAAUAAAUCUUACAACUAUGGACCAGCUAAAUACCAUUACAAAAACUAUUGACAAUGCAAUGCAAAGAAUGAUUUUAGCUAAUUUAACAUUAGGAAAUCUUAAUGCUAAAACUAUUACUUUAAAAGAUACUGCACAAGGUUUGAAACAGAACUCAACAAAACUUCAAGAACGUAAUGUGGAAGGUAGGCCAAUGUUUACAUUGAUACACUGUUUUACUAAUAAGUGUGAUUUAUAUUUUUCAUUUUAUUUUAGCAUUUUUACUUUAAAUAAUUUAUCAUUAAGACUAAUAUUUUUGAUGAAGGUAACUUUACAAUUUAAUUAAGUUACCUUUAUCAAGUUACUUACGCCCUUUUUUAAUAAAAUAUAUUAAUCAUUAAUCAUUAAGUUUAUUUUUUUUUUUUUUAGAAAUAAUGGACCUUUAAUAUACUAAAAUUAUUAUUUUUUUAAAUUCUUCAGGUGCCUUGAACUUAACUAAAGAAGCAUAUGAGAAAGCAAAAACAUUAAAACUAAAGGAGACUGUUCAAGAUAAACUUCUUGGAGAUAUAGAACAUCAGUGUAAAAGAACAGAGAUGUUCUCUAGUCGAAGUGUAAAUGUUUUUAAUGAAGGUAUUAAAGAUAAUGAAUAUACAUUGGAGAAAUUAAAUGAGGAAAUGAAUAACUUAAAUCAAGAAAUUCCAAAAUUGAAUCAACAAGUGAAAUAUAAUUAAUUAAAUUUAAACAUAAUAUAUAAAUAGUAUUUAUUCAAACAAUGAAAUAUAUGUUACUAGAUUUGUGACAAAGGAAGUGAGACUUGCGAUAAGCUUUGUGGUGGUGCAGGGUGUGGUUUUUGUGGUGGUUUAUCAUGUGAAGCAGGUGCUACCACUAAAGCUGAACGUGCAUAUAGCUUUGCUAAAGAAGCAGAGAAACAUAUACGUGAUAAAGAAGCAAAAGCAGAAGAAUUAUAUCGAGGUGUAAGUAUAGAUUGAACUUUAUUAUAUUUCAAUAAAGAAAAAUACAUAUUGUUUUUUAAAUUAAGAUAUCUCAAGUCAAUCAAGAACUUAAUUCUGCAUUGACUAAUGCUAAAGAAAUUGGGGAACAAUCCAAUAGAACUAAAAUACAAUCACAAAACAUUCUCAAUGAAAGUUAUGCUUUAAUCGAAAGGUACGAAAAGUUUUUGAAUCCUACUGGAAUCAAAUCUGGAGACGUUGCAUUGAAAGUUGAUGAAGUAAUAUUGUCAAAACAAUUAUUUUGUGUAAUGUUAAAAGGGGUAAAAUAUUAUUUAUAUUUUUUAGGUAAUGAAAUUAAAUAUUAACUUGAAACCAGAACAAUUGCGUCAACUUUCAGAAGAUAUAAAUCGAACACUAUCCCAGCCAAUGAAUAUUGAUAACAUUAUUAAAGAUACUCAUGAAGACUUAUUAGAAGCUAAAAUGUUAAAUGAAGAAGCUGAAAAGAAACAGUAAGUUUAUUUUUUUUCUAAUUUUUUUCACAUUUUACCUAUAUUAAUAUUUAUUGUCCGUUUAUUUUAUUUAGAAGUGCUGCCAAAAUUAUUCUUCAAGUUUCUGAACAAGUUGAAAAAGCUUUAGCUGAAGCUCAAGACAUACAGAAUACUGUAAGCCAGGAUAUAUUACUAACUAAACAAAAUAUUGUAGAUGCAUCCAAUAGUUUAUCAAAGGUUAGUACAUUUUUACAUUUUUUAUAAAUAUCAAACUUCCAUUAUAUUAUAUGAAUAUUUGAAGUGUUAAUAUGUGGUAUUGUAUUUUAUUUUAAGAUAUUUAUUUGGUUUUUAUAUUGUUUGAUGUUUAGGUUAAAGCAGAGACAGGUCUUACCCAAGAAACUAUUCAGAAAAUGUUAGAUGAGAUUAGCGUAAUUGAUGGCAAGUUGAAAACAUUGCAGACCGGAUUUUUAAAAAAUGUUAGAGAUGCUAAUGAAGUUAAAUCUGAAGCAAAAACUUUAAUACAGGAAGUAGAGGAAACAAAAAAUAAAGCCUCGCAAUUGUUAGCUGCUUACAAUAAAGCUAAUGACACCUUAGAGAAUCGCGUAAAAAACUCAAAAACCACUCGCAGCAACUCCAUUUAUUUGUUAGAAAAAGCUAGCCAAUUAUCUGCCAAUACUACUUUAAAAUUGAAAGAACUUGGAGGUAAAUGAUUCAAAUUACUAAUAUAAAACAAACUAUUUAGUUAUUUUAGUUUUUUAGUUAUUACUAGAUAAUGGAUUUAUAUGCACUUAAAUCUCAAAAAAGUGCUUAAAUCAUCAAAAAACACUUUAAAAUAUUUAAAAAAGCAAAAGUCGUAAAGAUGUUUUAAAAUAACUUUUUACCUGUUCUAACCGUAUAAAAUAAAAUUGUUUAAUACCUACUGAAAAUGAUUAACAUAAAGUAUUUUUUUGUUUUUAUAUAUAACAUAUAAAUUUCUUUAAAAAAAUUACUUUGUGAUAAUUAUUUUUUUAGGCCAGGCGCACAUUGAGACGCAGGUGACCCAGUGCAGCGCAGAAAAAACUGUUACCUAUGUGAGCGCAUAUUACCACACAGUUCCGUGUCACUAUUCAUCCAGUCAUGAGUGAAAUGAUAGCUAAAACUUUAAUAAAUUUAAGUUCUGAAUCAGAUUCUGAUGAUGAAUUUGAUGAACUUCUGAUCAACUUACCAUUUUUUAAUUUAAUUUCACUAGCUAUCUUUUCCCACAUCUCAUUUUUUAUAGCAAAAAAUUUAAUAAAUUUAAGUUCUGAAUCAGAUUCUGAUGAUGAAUUUGAUGAACUUCUGAUCAACUUACAAUUUUUUAAUUUAAUUUCACUUGCUAUCUUUUCCCAUAUCUCAUUUUUUAAAUUUUGUCUUCAUGUAGUCGACAUAACUAGUGUCAUAUAAGACACUUUAAUGUCAGAGGGAUUCAAUUAUAGCUUCUUCCAUCCCAAAAAUAAAAUACAGUAUUAAAAUUAAAAAGGAGGAAAUUAUGUUAGGCUGGCGUAAUUUAAAUGGAAAAUAUUAAAAAUGUGUGCAGUAAACUGUGUCGCAGACUGCGUCACGCAGGUUGACACAGGCAAAGUUCUGCUCUAUCCUGCCCUGCCUACUAAUAUGCGCUAAGACAUUGUAUUAUAUCAUAACUAAUAGAUUAUAGAAAACUAUGCAACGCAGCGUCACCUGGGUCUCAAUGUUUGUCGGGCCUUAGUGUUAAAUAUUAAAGGAAAUCAUAAAUCAUUAAGGAAAUAUGAAUUUUUAGUCAGUUUAUAAUAUUAUAAUAUAAUAAUUUUUUGUGCCCCAAAACAUAACCGAUUUCCUGUUUCCGUCCGUUUUUCCAUUUAAUCUAGUCCGAUGCUUGGGUUUUGAGUCUUGAACAAUGGUUGUUUUACUAGGGCGGGUCGUUAGCCCACCGCUAAACCCCCAACCUGGAGGGCCAGGCUAUCCCAACCAAUUAAGGUCAGGGUAGGGCUGCUGCAGUGCACUUACAUAAGUACACUGGGCGAUGGGCGCGCCACUUUCCCUACGCCAGCUUAUAUUUCCGCUACAAUUGUAUUUUCUUAACAAUAUUUGUAUUAUACCAGGUGAUUCUUUUAUUGUUAAACACUUUUUAUUUUAAAAAGUAUUGACUAUUUUUGAAAUUAACUAUUUCUGAAAUGUUACAUUGUCUUUUUUUUGUCACUCUUAUUUUUGUUGGUGAAACGUUUACUUAUUUGAUUUUCAAAUAGGAACAUAUUUAAUGAAAAUGCUUUAAAUAGAUGGUGUAUUAGUUAAAAUAAAUGUUGGUGAUGAAAUUUUAGAUUUCUGUCAAUCCAUUGACAAGAUAUUCCACUUUUAAGUUUGAGUCAGGGGAGAGUAGUGGAGCAUCAUUUGUGUGGCGGCACAGCGUGGUAGGGGUGUCUUCAGACUUUGACUAUGGUUAAGGGGGCAAAAUAACUAAAUUUAAUAUCAAUGAUUGAUAAGAAAAAAAGACAGACAUACUUCACACAAUGGGUGGACCACUGUUAUAGAUGAAAAGUUGGGAAGGUAGGAUAUUGAGGGAAAUUUAAUGUAUAUCUGAACCUAAGAAAAUUUAAGCAUUGCCAACAAAAACCGAUUCUUAGCAGACCUCAGUUAAUAGUAUUGUCUUCGGUCAACAAAAUUUCAAAUCCUUUGUCUGAUGUUAUUUCAACUUAUAUAGCUUAGAAGACUAAAGAUAUAUUGUACAAAUUUAGUGAAACACUACAUACUUUAAAACAUUUAAACUUUACAAUUAUCAAUUUUUUAUUUUAACUAGUUGUACAAAUAAUUAAAUUCCUACCUAAUUUUAUCAAAAUUUUAAUAUUAAUGUUAAAAAAAUAAUUUAAUAGAAUUAUAAAAUAACCAGGAACACAGGGUGAUUAAAGAAUAUUGACUUUUUCAAAAAAAAAUUGUUUUUUUAAAUUUUAAAUACAUGCUUUUCUACAAUGUUUUUGGUUUUUUUUUACAUAAUUUGUAUUUGGUUGAUACUUGAUAAAUUAAGUUGAUAAACUAAACAGAAAUACAUGAAAUCCAAUUGGGCAAAAGGUUCUUUAUAAGUCUUAAUAGUGGUAAAAAAAAAUUGAAUGCAAUAUACUAUUUUUUUUUUUUUAUUAUUAUUAUAAAGAAUUUUAAUAUCAAAGUUUUAAUGAAAAUCAUAAUUAUUAUGGCCUUUCAAAACAUGUAUAACCAAACUUUGCUCUGAAUGGGUUUUCGUUUUAUUAUUUACAAUACCUAAUAAUAAUAAACAUUAUUAAUUUUAGAUGCCGAAAAGGAAUUUGUAGAACAAGAGAAGAAAAUAUUAGAAUUGAGUAAUCUUACUGAUGAAUUAAACUCCAGGAUGUCAGUUAAUUUAGAAGAUAUAAAUAAGAAGUCUUCAUAUUACAGGACAUGUAAUAAUUAG